CCUUUUCUUUAUUUACAAAACCCAUUUCCCUGCCAGCUUAGUUUCUUGCAUUUGUGGUGAAAAUGGUUUGGAAUUGCUUCAGUUGCAUUGGCGGCCACCAAAAAUCAAGGAAAAGUGUGAAAGAGAAUCUAGAUUAUCCAUGGGAAAUCUACACGCUCAAGGAGCUUCUUCAAGCCACAAAUAACUUCAGCAACGACAACAAAAUUGGCGAGGGAGGAUUUGGGAGCGUUUAUUGGGGGAGAACCAGCAAAGGCGUUGGUAUAGCUGUGAAGAGAUUGAAAGCAAUGACUGCAAAGGCAGAGAUGGAGUUUGCCGUUGAAGUGGAGAUUCUUGCGAGGGUUAGACAUGAAAAUCUGUUGGGUUUGAGAGGAUUCUAUGCCGGUGGAGAUGAAAGGCUUAUUGUAUACGAUUACAUGCCAAAUCAUAGCUUGCUUUCCCAUUUGCAUGGCCAAUUAGCUGAUCAAUGUCUUUUAGAUUGGCAACGAAGAGUAAGCAUAGCCAUUGGAGCCGCCAAAGGCUUAUCGUACUUGCAUCACGAGGCUAGACCGCACAUAAUACACAGAGAUAUAAAGGCAAGUAAUGUUCUUUUGGACUCGGAUUUCGAAGCGAAAGUUGCUGAUUUUGGGUUUGCAAAGCUCAUACCAGAUGGGGUCUCUCAUUUAACCACAAGGGUUAAAGGAACCUUAGGCUAUUUGGCUCCCGAAUAUGCGAUGUGGGGAAAGGUUGCAGAAAGCUGCGAUGUGUACAGCUUUGGGAUUUUACUUCUGGAGAUUGUUAGUGGUAGAAAGCCAUUGGAAAAGCUUCCAAAUGGCACAAAACGAGAUAUUGUUCAAUGGGUAACUCCGUAUGUUCAAAGGGAAGAUUUUGAUGACAUUGGCGAUCCAAGAUUGGAGCAAAAAUUUAAUCUUGAAGAGUUGAAAUGUGUUGUGAGCAUUGCCUUGAGAUGUAGCGAUGGGAAUGCUGAGAGUCGGCCUAGUAUGAAAGAAGUGGUUGCUUGGCUUAAGGACGGCUUGAGGAAUAAGAAGAAAGAGAUGGGUGAUGUGAAAAAUAACGAAGAACAAGAUGAAGAUCAAGAUGAAGAUCAAGAUCAAGAAGAAACUUAUAAGAAUCAUAAAGAUUAUGAGGAGCUUGAAAAACAGGAUUCUGAUGAUGGGACAUGAAUGAAUCCGAGUGGAGGUGAAACUUUCAAGAUUCAUUUUCAAUUACUUUGGGAAAUUUUCUGAGUUGGGGUUUGCAAUUCUUGGCCCUUUUGAAUUAUAUUUUGUAUUUGUAUAUAUAAGCAAUGUAAUUGAUUAAUGGAGAUGGGAAAAAUGAAAAAAAAAAAAAGGAAGAAGAAGACUUUGUUUCU